AUGAGUUUCGAUCUUCCCUCCGACGACUCCUCCGACCCUGUCGACCCGCCCGUAGAUCUAUCAAAGGUCUUCCGGCAUCCCCAAGGCCUGCCAACCGCCAGGUCAAUCGUAACGCUGUUCCUGCUCGAGGCGCAAAAGGCUGCGCAAGGUGCCCCGCCCCCUUACACACAGCAGAUGCCUUUCCUAUACGCUCUAUCCAUGUCUGGUCUAGAUCCCAGCGGCGCAAGCAGGCUCAAGGAGCUUCUGGAAUUCAAUGAUCCUCAGCCUCAAACAUCUGAUGAGAGACUGGUUGGAACACGCCAUGCCACUGAGGCUCUAGACAAAGGCGUCGAAACAACAGACAGAUCUCAUCUCGAACCCUCUCCAACCGUAACCGUGCAAGCAGGUCCUUCUAUCAACGCCCAACGAAACCAUAUGAGCGGACAUCACAAUGCACAGUAUUCACCUUUUGCCCUCCAACCCUUUUCUGGCAGCUCCCCUCAAACAUACAGCUCCCUACCUCUUACUGCAUCGAACUCCUUCCCACUUCAUCCUGUCGAGGCUAGAGCUGCUACGCAAUUCACUCCAACCAACAACAGACCCGAAGAGAACAACGAACCUUUCAUUGUCGAAGAACAGCUGCCCUCACGGUCUCCAAAUCAUACUGUCCCUUCUACUAUCUCUAUCCGCCCAAUUGACUCCAUGGAAAUUGCAUCUAACAACCCCACUCCUUUGAAACCAUCUCAGAUUGUAAUGGAGCCGAUCGAUGGAGAAACGACUACGAAGAAGCGGAAGAAAGGCAGCUCGAAUGAAACAACCGAUCUUGUGGUCAAGAAACGGAAGACGGGCGAGACGAUCAAGCCAAAGCGCGUCCCAAAACCAAAGGUGGAGAAGAAGAAGGAGUCUGUGUUCGACCAUAAUAUCUAUAUGCGGAUUCUCGAGUUUACACCACCCGCCUUCCUAAGCAAAGCUCGCCUCAUCUCCAAGGAGUUCAGAGGUUACGUGGACGAGUUCACCUCGAUCUACGCCAAUUGCCGCAAGGAAAACUUCGGCUAUGACAUGCCCCCUCCUCCCCCAGGUCUUACAGAACGACAGUACAGUGGACUGCUCGGAGGGCAGAAGGGCUGCUUGGAACCCGGCUGCAGCGACAAGAAAGCCUCGCGGACCCACUGGUCUUGGUCUAAACGAUGGUGCUGGGACUGUUGGAAGAGUAAGAUCGAGAGAGAAGAUCGUGUUAUGAAGAGUCGCGCGCAUGAAUAUGGUCGGACUACUCUCACAAAGAUGUUGGAGUGUAUCCCUGUUGGCAUGCAUGACUCGUUCAUGAAACCACACGACUACAUCGAUGAAGGCGAGCCGCGCCCUCGCGGUGCCCCGAGACUCUAUAAGUAUUAUCUGACGGAGGAUAUUGAGAGAAUCAUUAAAGAGUAUGAAGCUCUGACUCCAGCGCCAUACGUUGAGAAUCCAGAACACUCUGCUGCUGAGAAGGCUGCUGCUUUGGCUGCACAUCAAGCCCUCAUGGAUGGCCUGGACGACAAGCGCGCGGCGUUCUUUGCAGCGGGGAAGGCCAAGAAUGACGCGCACAUGGCGCAGGUCAAGAAGAUCGAGGCGGGUAUUAGGAUGAGGAGGGCUCGCAACCGGGACCCAUACGAUGAAAACCGAAAUUCCCGUAAAGAGCUCUUCUCCAGACGUGCCAAGGAGGACCUCCCGCAUAUCGAUGAAGCUUUUGUCAAGAGCACCAAGGCUUACAAGGCUGCAACCCGAAUCUUCCGAGACGGCGGUACUGAGCGCGGCUGGCAGACUCUGAGGCCCAAGAUAGUAGCGGAGUGGGAGGCCUUCAGACGCGGCGAGGCUAAAAGCGGCGGGGAGAGCAAUGGCACUUCGCAGCCUGCGACUGAUCCUGGCGACGUUAAUCAAGCUGAGGAUGACGACGAAGAGUCAACGCGGAUGGAGGUAGAUACCGAUCAGAGUGAACCGCAAAUCAGCAACAUGGGUCGUCACGAUUUCCAGCUGCAGGCACAUGCCAGGCUGAUGCAGUUUAUGCAACCUCGUCCUCAGGCUCUUGUGGUCGCCGGCGCCGUGCCAGUCUCAAAUGGAAUGAACUAUGUGAACGACGUAUUGUCUGCUUCUCAAUCUCUACCAGUCUUCUCAUCUUCAGUUGGAAGCAACUCGGCAUUCGGAAGUUCAGCACGUAGCUCGAUGUCUUCACCCGACAGAAGACUUCUCACCGAUAGCGGUACUCAGCUCUCCGGCUCCCGGUCUCUACCCGCCCCCGGCUAUCAUCAAGCUUCAUACCAAUACUUUCAAUCCGCUUCUCUGAAUGCGAACGGGAACGCCUCUCAUGUCAACUCCAAUGGGCCCAGCACCCAAAUCUCAAUCACCUCGCUUCUACGACCUCCGACCCCAACGGCAUCCCAACCCAAGUUCAACCACCUUACGUGA